CUUGUUGUCAGAUAGGCUAGGAAAGGGGAGGGGAUUGGAGGGAUGGAGCUGGGGAGAGAGGAGAGUAAAAGAGAGGAGGAGAUGAAAUUGGGGAGAGGAGAGGAGAGGAGGAAGCUACUUUAUGGAAAUGCAGACCAUAGGCAGUCUCUGCAGCCCAAGCACCGUCUUCAAACGCACGCGCACACCCUCCCUUCCUCCAGUCUCCUCGAUAUCUAGGAGCGCCCUAAAACUGACAGGCUCCUGCCCAUGGCACGCGACUGAUGUGAUUCCGGCAUGCUCGAUCUGUUGCUGUCACUAGCUGGAGUGUUAUUUUGUUGAUGACGAUCGGAUUGAUUGGUAGCCAUCUGGUUUAAGCCACAGGAAGGAUUUUCACCAUCAUGCAGAAGGUGGAGGGACGGCCAGCCCCGGGCAGAAUAUCCUCCUCCUUGCGGGGUCCAAGUGCUCCUGGCUCACCCAGCAUCAAGGCCCGUGUGAAUGAUGAGGUGGUGGAGUACAGGGAUCUGGCUGCUCUGCCCAGAGACAAAAGUAUUCUUCAGGUGGAGAGACCAGAUCUCAUGACCUACCAACCUCACUUCACCUACUCAGCACUAGAUGCAGUGCGUACGCCCUGUAGAGAGAGAUCCCUCUCUCCUCCCUCCAUCUCUCCUCCUCCCUCUCCUGAGCUGAAGGAGUGUAGGGAGGAUGGAGGGUCUCCAGGAGGCUCCACACUGCAGCUCCGAAAGACAGCCAUCCCCAUACAGCAGCACUUCCACAGGCCAGAUAAUGGUGCCAACAUCUACAAGAAGCUGCCUAAUUUUAAACAGGAGGUCAGCAAGCAGAAGGUGAUGGGCAGCAUCAUCCAGUCAUCUAAGUUCCCAGCAGCUCAGAAACCAGACCCCAACCUGCCCUCAAAGAUAGAGACCGAGUACUGGCCCUGUCCUCCCUCACUGGCUGCCAUGGAGAUCGAGUGGAGGAAGAGGAAAGAGGAAGAUGAAGAUGGGAAAGAUGAGUUUGAAAACCUGACUGAUGACUCCAAGACACUGCAGGAGCUGGAGCUCCACAAGAUCAAGUCUAACCUGGGCAGGCUGAUCCUGAAGGAGGAGAAGGAGAAGGCUCUACUUGGCAUUGGCCGCAGGAAGACUCAGUCACUGCCAGACAGAACACACAUGCACACCAGUUUCUCCUUGAAGUCGUCCUCCCGCUCAGGUCUAGCCAGGAUGCAGUCAGCAGAGUUCACUACAGAGGGAGAGCAGGGCAAAACAGGUAGGUUACAGGCAUCAUGUAUUACAAAAACAGUUGUAGUAGUGAAGUAGGACCCACACAAUCAGUUUUGCCAACAUAUACGGUGCCUUCAAAAAGUUUUCACACUCCUUGACUUUUUCCGCAUUUUGUUGUGUGACGGUAUGAAUUUAUAACGGUUUAAAUUACGAUUUUGUGUCACUGGCCUACACACAAUACCCCAUAAUGUCUACCUCAUCUCUGUA